AUGUGCGAGAUCGAGCUUGGCUUAACCGUAACUGGUAGUUUGAUUCAGCUUGAUAUUGUUUGUUAUUUGGGAGCGAGACUAAGCUUGACUUCAGAUUAUGAAUGCAAGGUUAUCCUCGGCUUAUAUUCUGCGAGGUUUUCCUUGGCGUUUAAGCUUGGUUUCGAAACGUAUUAUGGGGCAAGGCGUCCCUUGACUUAUCCUGUAUACGUUGAACUCGAAUCACAAGGCUUACAGCUGAGCGUAUCCGUCGUCGCGGAAAUUCGGGUUCAGGAAACCAACACAAGGCUUGUCACGCUUAGCCAUGUUGAUCUGCCAAAGAGGAUUAGUGACGUUGGGAGAAGCGAGCUCGUCAUAGAAGAAGUUUGGUUUGCAGAUUACUUUGAUCACCGUGAGCUAUCCUUUGCGACAAUUCCGUUAAGUGUGGAGCUCGGCUUAGAGUAUGCUCGACGAGUUGGCGAGAUUCGUUUGGGAGGCGAGCUUGAGGAGCCGGAAGCGGAGCUCGGCGAAGAUGAUGUGCGGUCUAGCGAGGUUGAGAGAUUCGUUCCACCUUCAGUUAUCGCGGAUUUAAUGCGGAUCUCAAUGGAUUGGAUCUUAGCGACCGUGAGGGAGAGUUUAGCGAGUAUGGCGGACUGGGUUGUCUCAUGGUGGGGAACGGGAGAUUUGUGUUGUGGAGAUACUUUCUUAGGAAAAUUGGCUAACUUUUUCCCUCUUUCUUUUGAGAGGUUUGGCCAUGCGAUAUUGCCUAUUGUCGUUGCUCCAAUGAGUUUGGUACUUCAGAGAUUUUUGUGUUUUGCGCCUUGUCGACAAGACUUCUUCUCUGGUCGGAACUGUAGGAUUGAUGAGCUCACAGUUGAGAGCAGGAAUUCUCGGGUUGACGGCUUUCAAAUUGACGAGCGUUUGACGAGCAGGAACGGAUGGAUAAACGAGAAGAAAUGUCAAAUUGACGAGAUCAGCGUUGCGAGCAGGAAGAUAGCAGGUGCAGAGCUCACGAUCGCUCGCACCGAUAUAGUGGUCUUCUAUUCGGUAUGUUCGAGUGUCGAUGUUCGGCCGGUUGUCACGGUUCAGCGCAUUUUCACGGGUGUGCUCGUCGAUGGACCCAACAACGAUAGAAGCAGGCCUAUUGCGUCGGUUCACCGGUCUUUCCAUGAAAAGAGUUACUGGGGCGGGACUGUUUUGUCAUCGCUGAGCUGUCGACCGGCGCGAGCUGCGGAGGACUGGAGUUGCUCGAUCUGA